AUGGAGCACCGUGAUUGGUUCAAGCUUCACAUAGAGCACCGUGAUUGGUUCAAGCUUCAUAUGGACGAGGAAUUCAACAGUAUGGAUGUCACACUCACAGAUGAUUUAUCUUUGGGAGGCUAUGAGUCGUCCGGUAAUGGAACGGAGCUGGUUGAUUUGACCUGUCACCUAUGCAACGAGACCUUUAUAACUCUGCGUGACUUGGAGCAACACGUUGUGAUACACACUCAAGUUAACAAAGAGUUCAAGCCUUUCAAGUGCCCGAUGUGUGAUAAGAAAUUCCUGAAGUACAACACACUAAGGUUACAUAUGACAAUUCAUUCUGAAGAUGGCGCUAAAAACGAAUGUGUCUACUGCAAGAAAAGAUUUGCUAUUGUGACUGAUUUAAGGAGGCAUUUAAGAACACAUACGGGCGAGCGACCGUAUAAGUGCAGUGUAUGUAGCAAGAGCUUUGGUCGAGAGUACACAUUGAAAAUUCAUAUGCUGACACACAACAGACAACGGAAGGUGUACAAGUGCAAGCUGUGCCAGAUUAAAUUCGUCAAGCUGAGCGAGGUGAAUCGACACUACAUGGAGCAGCACGCCGGCCGCAAGGGCAACACCUACACCUGCAACUGCUGCUGCCAGUACUUCCCCGUCAAGCACGACUUCGUGAAGCACAUUGAGUGCUGCUGCCAGUCGCAGACGCUCGCCGCCGGCGCGGUCGCCGCGGCGACGCCGCAGCCGAGCUAUACGGCUCCCUGCUGCCGCCCUCCGCCAUCCGCCGGCGUGGCUGCGAGGCUGAGGGCGCCACCGCUGCGGUCCCACAUCGCGAUGGUGCAGCCCGUGCCCGGGCCGUCGACCCGCGUCGUCGCGGCAACGCCGCGCGCCCCGUUCGCCGUCACCGCAGCGACGCAGCAGCAGCAGCAGACGACGCCGUACGGGCAGAUGCGCGGCGAGUCAUUGUUCUUCGGCGACGGGGGAUUCCCUGCGUCCUCCGCUGCGCAGGGCGGGUACACGAUCGCCGCGGACCAGUUCGGCUGCAACUGCGGCUGCGGGAGCGGGUGCCGUUGCCACGGCAACAGCAACAUGCCUACUGACUCGCGGAUGGUGGUCAUUCGGCCGAGCCAGAGCAAUCCCAUCCCGCCGUGCGGCCCUCUCACGGUGGAAAAUCAGCCAGGGGUCGUGCUGCGAGGCGGGCAAGCUGCUGUGGCAAGCAAUGAGUUAGCAUUGGUGCCUGUCACUAGUGCUAAAGCGUCUAGCGAGAGUAAGGGGAAAGAGCUGGCCGGCGAUCGAAACGACGUUGACGACGUAGUAAUCAUUAAGAGUGAGCCAGAAGAUCUAGUGCAGCUGGAAUCACUGGGAGAAGAUUCCGAGGGUUGUCUCCUGGUAUUCCCACUGACUGAGAUACAGAGCACGGUGGCAUUGUGGCCGGAGAGCGAGGGAAAAGCGGUCUACUUCUGGCCUGAAUGUGUCGACGGCAUUGAAUUUCCAGCCUCACUUGUUCUCUACCACGUGAGAGAAUUAUCAACAGCUAUCCGAGAUAGGGAUGGAGGAAGACUCUACAAGAUGCUGUUCGAAAUAACGGAAGAAGAACGGAGAAAAUACGAGUAUGUCGUCUCCCUGGAGGAAGGAUUAGACUCUACCAUGCGCUCUGGCUUCCGGAAAACCCAAUGCGAUCAGAUACUGUGGAACUUUCACGAUGCCGUUCAGCAGAAAAGGGUUUUCAUUCGCAGCGACGAAUCGUUCGACAGUGUGUCUAGUGUCGGUGUCUUGAUUGACACAAGGAACGAUACUAGCGGGAAAAUUAGAAAGAAGCUGGGCGAGUCCUCGAAAAUGUACUCCUGGGACGUUCAGACGUUCAGCGAAAUACUACGCACCUGGUCUGAUCGAGGUGCUGACGCAGAUGCGGAAGAUAGCAAGUGCCAGUUCAAUAAGCUAAGGGCUUGGAUAUUAGCUAAGCUGAACCAGGGCGAUUGUAAUGUAACCGCGAAACCACUCGAUCUAGAGUUGCAGAGCUUUGCAGUUGGCAGGGAGCAAAAUUCGAUCACUUGUAAACUCUAUCAUGAUCUUCAGAAAUGUAGUGCGAAUAUAGUGGGUGCGGGGGUUAAAGGUUUGUUAGGAGAUCUCUCGAUAACUACGCUAGAUCUCCAUCGUGAAAUAUCGACAGAAUUCGUCUUUAUUUUACCUAUAGUCUCAUCGGUAGUGUCUGUCGAUUAUGAAAAGUACUGCACGCUCGUCAUUUCCAAUAUGACGAGUGCAUUCAAGCAAUCAAAAAAGUACGUGUUUGUGCUCGAUGUGAUGGAUCCAGCGAAACUCUUGCAAUCUUUGCAUGGAUUUACAGCAGACAACUACUCGGUGUGCUGCUCCGUGAAUGCAGAGCACAAGCGAGCAGCUUGCAUAAUGCUGACUGUGGAACCCCAAUAUUUAACUGUAUAAUUGGAUGAUCCUCUGUUGUAAAAAAGUG